UCGCGUAUAAAUAUAAAGCAGUCAUGAAAUUUCUAGAUAAGUGUUAGAAUGUAUAGUGCUGGUCCAAUGAAUACACCAAUCACAGAACUUUCAAACGAAACUACGGUAGAUAUCGAUCAGUGUGACUCUACCGAGAUCGUGCGACUUUUGCGGCAAUGUGAUGCGGAUAUAUUUUCGGGUUGGAGAAACUACCCAUCCCUGUACGAUGCUGACACCUUACAUUCUUUAGAAAACCUUGGUAAAAGAGUGCAAGCUGUGCUUGAAGAUCCUCUGGACAGCUGUGUAGUGUUUAGUGGCUGUGGUACGUCUGGACGCAUCGGAUUUUCUCUGUCUAAAAGGUUCAACUCCCUCGCCAAGGAACAGGGUAUGGACGAACACCGCUCUUCCGGCCCUUAUGAGUAUCUGAUUGCUGGCGGAGAUCUAGCUCUUUUUACUUCAGUUGAAGCGCCAGAAGACUCAUGGAGACAGGGCCAGAUUGAUCUGAUGAAUUUAGCCAAAGAGAAAAAGCAAGUUGUCUAUAUUGGGAUAACUUGUGGACUAUCAGCACCGUACAUUGCUGGCCAGCUCGAUUUCUGCAUGGACAGGCCCGACACCUUUACUCCCGUUCUAAUCGGGUUUAACCCUAUCGAUUUGGCACGCAAGUCGCCCAUUCAAGACUGGUCCAAAACUUUCUUUGAUGUUGCUAACAGAUUGCGCAGUCACAAGACAGCUAUUAUUCUAAAUCCUAUUGUCGGACCAGAAGCCAUCACUGGAUCAUCCCGCAUGAAAGGAGGAAGCACCACUAAAAUUCUUCUCGAGACAGCUCUUCUGAAUGCGCACUAUCGAUCUUAUUAUCCAGGGCAUUCUCCUAGCACGACUACAAUAUUGUCACACUAUAAAGAAGUUCACAGGCACACGUACUUACAAAUAAAAGAGAUGUCUUCAGCUUUAUCUCUUGCAGGAAAGAGCCUUUCUUUAAAUGGUCAUAUUUAUUACCUAGGCUGGGGUCCUACCAGCUUCAUUGCACUUGUCGAUGCUUCGGAAUGUGUGCCGACAUUCAGUGCUUCUUUUGACGAUGUGCGUGCUUUUGUGGAUGGCGGGUUCGAGUACUUGAAGAACAGAGACGGUGUUCUUGAAUUCAAGGGAUCCAAGCUGAAAAUUUCUUUACAUGAAUUUGCGAACACUGUCUUGCCGAGUGUGUCGGAGAAUGACACAGUCAUUGCGAUAUGCUCGAGUCCAAAGUACUUAAAACAAGCUGACGAACUUCUAAGGCAGGUUUCUCUAAAGGGUGCAAAGUUGAUCGGGAUAACAUCAAAAACCGACGGGCCAUCAGAUGGGGCAGAUUUUGAAGAGUGUUUCGACGUCUCGAUUCGAAUACACGAUGGGAAAUGCAAGGCAAACGCAAAUGGCUGUUUUGUUGAGUCUUCGCAAGUCCUCGAGGAUGUCUUCAAGGAGUGCUUGGAAGAACUUUCCUUGAAGUGGCUUCUGAAUGCCAUAUCAACCGGCGCGCAUGUACUUCAUGGAAAAGUACUCAAAGGUUACAUGAUUGAUUUAAAAGUCAGUAACGAUAAAUUGUUCUACAGAGCGGCAGGUAUCGUGUCUAAUAUUACAGGCGUGACGAAGCAAGAAGCUAUGAAUGCACUACUGAAAGCCAUCUAUAGAAAAGAUGUAAUCCCAGAGGAAAUAAGGAAAGUGGCCACUUCAAGUCAUGUUUUUGAAGGUGAACGCCAAGACAAAGUCGUUCCUUUGGCUGUUUUGCUUGCUACUGGGAAAUUCAACGUUGAAAGUGGUUUAAAAACUUUGCAAGAGAAGAAAGUUUCACAGGUGUUGAAACAGCUUGGUUUACUUUUCGAGGAUUUCCAGCGUUAGGUGUCUGAUGGUCAGUUUAGGGGUAAAACUUUCUCCAUAUCCUACAUGUCGGUUCGCGGGUUCGAUUCCUUAGGACGUCACAUGUGAAUACAAUUUGUUUUCUUCAUGGCCAUAAGUGUUUUUUGGGGGGUUCUUUGUUUCUUCGUCUGUAAAAGCCAACCUGUGGGCUACAUUGAGAACCAGUAUUCUUGCUGAAUUUGUGAAAUCAUUAUAAUAAGGAUUAAUAUUAUCAAUAUCAUUAUUAUAUUAUUACCACAAUUGUUACUGGUAUCAAUUAACAAUAUCAUGAUUGCUUUUAUUAUUAAAUAACAAUGUUAUUAUUA